CUGUGCGUACGCGGUCGUGAUUGUUGUGAAGAUGGCGGAGGGGGAGACAGAGAAGGAAUAUGACACACGGAAAGCCAUCGAGCAGCUUCGAGAGCGCUUCCAGGGCCUGAGCGCGGCCCUGGGGGAGAGCCCGCGGUCGCCGCCGGAAGCCUCGCUGCAUUUCUGCCAGGACUUCUGCCAGGUCCUCGUGGAACAUGCCGGCCGAUGGAAAACUGAUGAAGAUCCACUGCCUUUGCUGGAGGUCUACACUGUGGCCAUCCUCAGCUUUGCUAAGGCGGCCUCCUGUCUCUCCUCCGAAUGUGAAAACGUGCCACUCCUACUUGAAAAGUUAGCACUGAGCUGUGCGGAGCUGCUGCUCUUACUGCCCCACCACGUCCCUGGUGCCUUAUGGGAGGAGUUUCAGUCCUCCAUGAAGUUGGCACACAGCCUGUUGCAAGAAAGUGGGAGCACACAGCUCUGCCUGCUCGCAGUUCUGGCACAGCAGGAUGGCGUCUGGUCCAACACCACGCUCAGCAGCAUCCUGUCCAAUCAAAACCCUCAAACAGAGCAAGUUCACGAGUAUCUUGAGUUGGAAGGUCCCACGCUGCUGAACAUGCGAAUAAAGCACCUAAUCAAAGUGGACAGCGUUGAUAAAGCUGCUGUCCUUGCAAAGAUGUGCUCAGAGUAUCCGGGAUAUGAAGGAAAAGGGAAUUUCAAACAAACCUACUUGCUUUGCAUCUGCAUGACAAAGAAUCAGGAGCAGCUAAUGGAAGAGAUUGCAUCAAUAGACUGUAAAGACGCUCUUGAAAUGAUCUGCAACUUGGAGUCAGAGGGAGACGAGAAAGGAGCUCUCUGCUUAUGUUCUGCUUUUCUCAAGCGACAGCUCCUUCAAGGAGAAGUUUACUGCGCCUGGGAACUCACACUGUUCUGGAGCAAGCUACUCAUGCGUUCAGAGUCGUCUGCUGAGACUUUUCUCGGCCAAGGCAAAGAGAUGGCUCUUCUCUGCAGAAGUGUCUGUCACAUUCUGUUUCUCAUCAAAGUCAUCCAAAACGAGGUUGGAGAGGUGGGGCUUCCAGUGUGCGUGGAAAUGUGCAUUCAAGCUCUGAAAAUGACCUCCAGUGACCACAAGGACAGCAAGUCUACCAUCUGCAAGACUAUUUCCUGCAUCUUGCCAACCGAUCUAGAGGUUAAGCGUGCAUGCCAGCUGACGGAGUUCCUCCUCCAGCCUACCGUCGACUCUUAUUAUGCUGUGGAGUCACUGUACAACGAACCCGACCAAAAGCCAGAGGAGGAUGGGAGUCUACGCGUACCCAACUCUCUACGCUGCGAGUUACUGCUGGCCUUGAAGACACAGUGGCCUUUUGAUCCAGAGUUCUGGGACUGGAAAACACUGAAACGCAACUGCUUGGCACUGAUGGGCGAGGAGGCAGCUAUUGUGUCAUCUAUUGACACACUUAAUGACACAGACGAACAAGAGGUGGAAAGUGCACUUGGCAAGCUCCCUGAAUACAGAGACCUGGAGGAUUUUCUGUUAACCACUACGAACGAACUCAAUGAAAUCACAGAUGAAAGAGAGAAAAACCGAGAGGCUAAAAAACUUCGGGAGCAGGGUUUUGUGUCCGCUCGCUUCAGAAACUGGCGAGCCUACAUGCAGUACUGUGUUUUGUGUGAUAAGGAGUUCUUGGGUCACAGAAUUGUCCGCCACGCUCAGAAGCAUUUCAAAGAUGGAGUGUACCUGUGUCCGAUUUGUGCUGACAGUUUUGAAAGUAGGGAGGUUUUAGAGCCGCAUGUAGCAUCGCAUGUAAAGCAGUCUUGCAAAGAGAGACUUGCUGCAAUGAAAGCCGCAAGAAAGGUAACCAAAACACCUCAGUCCCCUAAAAGUCCAGCAAAAAACUCAAAGGUUGCCGCCAAGACAAGCAUGAGUCCUGUUAAAAUUGACUCUCAUGUUGGGGACCAAUUGGCAACUCCUGUUAAGAUAGAGCAAACUACAUCUGACACACAGAUAAGUCAAGACUGUUUCUGUCCCGUUAAAAACUGUUCCAAGGCUUUCAAGUUUUUCCGUAACCUCAUGGCUCAUGUCAGAUCUCACAAGGACGACGAGGAGGCCAUGAGAUUUUUAGAGAUACAAAAACAGAAAGUGGUGUGCCAGUACUGCAGACGCCAGUUUGUUAAUGUCAGACAUCUUAAUGAUCAUUUGCAGAUGCACUGUGGCAGCAAACCAUACAUCUGCAUACAGUUGGAUUGCAAGGCCAACUUUAACUCCAACUCUGAGCUCCUCAUGCAUAGAAAAACACACCCAGAAUUUAAGGCCCAGUGCAUGUUCCCUAACUGUGGCAAAGUUUACAAUGAGGCGUAUUUGUUGUAUGAUCAUGAGGCUCAGCAUUAUCUUACCUACACUUGCCAAACAGACAACUGUGGUAAAAUAUUUUACUCACAGUCUCAGUUCUUGUCUCACCAAGAGAAUCACUGUACAAAUGACACAGUGAACAAUUUACCCGUCACAAAGCAAAACCCGCCUGUCACUCCAAAAGUGCAACCGCCCCCACAGAGCACCCCGAGUGAAGAAGACGCAUGUUCGACUGUUGUUUGCCUUGAAAGGAUUAGCACAGGUGCUUGCGUGAAUGAACCAUCAAAUGCAAACGCAUCACCGUGCAGAUCCCCAGAGGUCUCUAAUGAUGCCACUCCUCUAAGGGUGAAACACUCCGUCGAAAGUAUGCUGAAUCCGUGUGCGGAUUAUGAAAUGAAUGAACCAGAGAAAUGCUUCACUCCACUGACAAAACCUCACACAGCACCAGCUGAUGCAAAACUACCACCGGAGGCUCCGCGUGUACAAGAAAAGGUGCCAGGGAAAGGUGAGAUACCUUCUGAAUAUCCUGUCCCCGCUGCAGCAAACCCUGUGGCAAAACAGCAGGGAGAGGGGCAAAACAAUAAUGUACAUGGUAGUGAAUUUCCAAAAGCGAUACUACAGAUCAUCUCCCCGAGUCAAAUCAAGACAGAAAUUCCCAGCUCGCUGCAGGGAUAUCCUUCCAGCACUUCUGCUGUUAGUGCCGGCAGUGAGGAGAACCUGCACUCCUGCCCAUAUAGCGAAUGCACAAGGGCGUACAGUACUAACAAAAGUCUUUCUAGGCAUGUGAAGAAGCAACACCCUCAAAUAUUUGAAGACUGGAAGUUGGCAAAGAAAUACAACAAAGUGGCCAAAAUCACAGCAAAAAAGAUCCCGAGUGGACCAGCUUCACCAAACCAGUCUCAGAACCUGGGAAACAGGCCGUCAAAUCAGCCAGGAGUACUAUGCAAUAAACCCAAGAUGCAGCAAAUGGAUUACCCAGUGGGAUGUUCAACGUCACCUGCCCAAUGUUAUCCGGGAUCAAUGGAGCCUGUGCCGAUCACUCCAAUGGUGAACCCCACACUCUAUCCGUCAUGGGGGAGCUCAAACAAUCCCAGUGGAAUGAUGCAGUCAGACAUGUCCCAGUCAUGGUCUUCACCUCCCGUGAAUAACAGCUAUCCAGACGGCUUUAACAUGAAUGACUACCCCUCCCGCAGCUACCCUCAGUGGCAGGCGGACCCUUAUCAGACCACGGCAUCUCUUCCAUCUGAUAGAGAUCAUCCAAUGGCAGCUAAUAUUGGUCCCACUGUGUCACAGGCUCCUUCAGAUUCCAGUUUGAUGUCUCAGUAUGUGUCUAGUUCUCUGAUGCUUGAUAACGGAGGGCAAAUGCAUAACGGAGGGAAUCAGUAUGGACUCGUGCAUGCUGAAGGUAGCGGAGACGCUGUAGAUAUGAGAAAAAACAGUGCAAGUUUGACAGCACAGUUAGAUAAUGGAAACAGUAUCUCAACUAUUGACAGCCUCUCUGAAGGAGGUUACCACACUCCAUAUGCUCAGAGUGAAAACUCGAGUAAUGCUCAAAGCUCAUCAGUCAAUAUUCCCAUGAAAUGUCUCAGCCCAGAGGCCCAGGUUGCAUUAAAACCCACACUUGACAUUGUUAAAACAGAGAAUAUAUCAACCCCUGGUUAUGAUCAGAUGGAAAAUUCUGGGGAUGGCAUGCUCAGUCCACAUAGUGCCAUCAACACAGAUUUCCCUUACAAUGAGGACUGUCCUACUGCUGAAUGUGAUGCCAACGUGGCAGAAGAAAAGGGCAGUGAACCCGACCCGCAGAAAGGAAAACGCAGCAGGUUGAGCAAGCGAACCAAAUGGCCCGCUAUCAUCAAGGAUGGCAAAGUCAUUUGCAGGAGAUGCUUCAGAGAGUUCUCCAGCACCAAAUCUCUUGGAGGUCACCUGUCGAAACGCUCGCAGUGCAGACCCGUAGAUGAGAUCGACCUGACGGCUGACCUGCCCAUGUCAUUUCUUGAUUUCCUCAAUGACCCGCAUGUCCCUGACACUAAUGGAGCGACGUUUAACAAUGGUGAUUUCUCACAGGAAUCCUGUAGCUUGACAACUUUGACUUCACCUAUGGUGUUGAAACAGGAGCCCCAAACUACAAAUAUAAUGGACUACCCCAACUCCUUCCCCCCUGAAAACCAGCAAGGGAAGGCUGCAGAGAUGACUAAUCCAGCCCUCGCUGUACCUUAUCAAGAGGAUCACCUGAUGGAAAUCUCACAUGCCUUUCAAAGGUUGGAUUUGAUUGAGGCUGCUCAAGAGAAGAUGCGGAACGCACUGUCCUCAGAGCAAAAAGUCAGCCAUUCUGACAAAGCCGCUGACAGAGAAAAAAGUAAAAGCCUGAGUAAAAGUGAUGACAAGCCCACUGAAAAGAUACCUAAACCUUUUAAAUGUGACCAGGAAGAUUGUGAUUGUUCCUUCAUGACUAAGGAGGCGCUUUUCAAACACUUGUGUAAAAUGCACGAUUACUCUAAUGAAAUGAUAGAGGAACUAAAGAGAACACCAUCCAAACUGUCUCCGUACCCUUGUCAGAUUUGCCCCAAAACGUUCACCAGAACCACAGGGUUGAGAAUUCACUAUGAAAAAGUCCAUCGAUUGUCAAAGGCAGAAAUGCAGAAGCUAAAGAUCAGUGCUCGAAACAGGCGUGCAUUAAGAGUUAGCAAAGAUGAUGCGAUAAGUAGCCCUGCAGCCACUGAUGCCAACACCAGCUCCACGUCACAGUCUGCACCUGUGAUACCUGCUAUCAAACAGGAACCGCUUGACAUUGCAAUUGCACCUCAGAUAGACAAUGAAAACUAUCCCGAAGUUCAUCACAUCACUUCACCAGGAGUUGCAGUAAAAGAGGGCGUGACACCUGAUGUGUUAACGGUUACAAGACUGCCAUCACCUCAGAACUAUCUGAACGAGGGAUCGUUCAGCGAGGUGGCACCAGUCCCUGAACGCACCCCAGAGCAACCUAAUCUGGCUGCUAUAAACCAGAGUCCAGAUGUGAAACAUAAAUCUAAUUUAAAAGAGAAACUCAGUCCACUUGGCAAAGCAAAGGAGCAGCGAGGAAAAUCUGAUCCAGCAUCGAGCAAAGUGAGAGAGCCAAAGUCCAGCUCUCCCACUACAUCUGCCUCUUCCUCCCCAGAGAAACCCAGCAGCUCCAAAAACACACCAACUAAGGACGAUUCCCAGAGGAAAGAGAAACUUCAGAAAAAGCUGAGCCUCAAAAUGUGUGAGGCAAUGGACGCGUACAGUCCAUAUAGACCAUAUCGCUGUGUCCAUGAAGGAUGCACUGCUGCGUUCACCAUUCAGCAAAAUCUGAUUCUCCAUUACAGGGCUAUGCAUCAGGCAUCGCUGCCCGCCUCCAAACCCGAGACUGAGCCUGAAAAGACCAGCGUUGAAAAUGGAGAAGAGAGCAGUCCGAGCAUAGGAAAAGACAAUGAAGUCAGGUGUCAAGUGAAAAACUGCUCUAGGGUGUUCAUGGGAAUCACACGGUUAGUGCAGCAUUACCUCUUACUUCACAAGUUCACCCGAGACAAAGCUACGGCCAUGAUGGCCAGCAUGACCAUAGCGACUUUCAACUGUGACCGGCCAGAGUGCGAUCUCCCCUUCACCUCUGUGGAAAAGUACAUCGAGCACAUUAAGAAUUACCACAAGGAAAUCGCCAUCUCUGAGAGCGGCUCAGUUGAUCCAACCUACAGGUGCGAAUAUGAUGCAUGCGACCGCAUUUACACUACAAAAUCAAACCUCCUCCGCCACCUGAUCAAAAAGCACGAGUAUGUUUAUGAUCCCAAAACAAGUGACGGAAGAAGGACUAAAUCAUUAGGGCUUUUCAUAGAGACUAAUGGGAAAGAGAAUGUAGAAAACAAAUUCAAAAUGAAGAAGAAAAACUCUAAAAAGAAAGAAGGCAAGUCCAUUGAACAUUGGACUAGUUUCGGGAAACCAACACUAAAAUCCCACGAGGAGGCAUCAGCUAUGUGCACCAAGAAGUCCGCGCUGCAGUACCCGUGCAUGAUCAUAGGCUGUGAUGCAGUUGAGCGGGCUGAGAGGAAUAUAUUCAAGCAUUACACCACUCAUGGCCUCACAGAAAGAUACAUUGAAGACCAGAGGAGUCAGUUCAUUUUCUGCAAAAAGUACUCGCGCGCCAGAUUCAAAGAUGCAAAUAAAUCUGAGGGCGCGUCAAGUUCGUCCUCUGAGGAGACGGAGCCAGAAGAGGCGGAGACACCCGGAGACCAGAAAAUGGAUGAGCUGCUGGACAGAGCAAACCAAGAAGACGGCAAGCUUUCCAACGACGAUAGUGCAGAAUCUCAAGCUUCCACUGGGACAGAAGGCGGAGUGAAAAGAGGGCGUCCCAGAAAACCUGCACGUCCAACACCAGCCUGUCCGGAGAGGAUGCAGACCCUUAGGCAUCGUUUGACUGUUAACAGUUCAAGAGAGAACUCAAAUCCUGGUACCCCCACAGCCCAAGAACAACAUGACGAUGUGGUUAUGUCAGGGUCUUUCAAGCCUUUAGGACUUGAGGACUCCUUCCUUAAGUUCUUGGAAACCUCAGAGUCCACCCACUCUUCCAAACGGAAAUCAAGUGACAAACCUGGUGCCGAGCUGCCGUCCAAAAGACAGCAAACUCACAAACAGAGAUCCUCAAUGAAGAGUAAAAUAACUGAUGAAUUUAGGGGCUGUGAAAAUCUGGUAGACUUCAGAAAUCCACUUAAUCUAAAAUCGGUAAACAAUGUCAAGAUAGUGAUGGAUAAAACAUUUUCAGACGGUGCUGAUCUUUUGCUAAAGCAGCUACAAGACAUGAAGCCCAUGGUCAUGAUCAAAAAGUGGCUUUACAGUGGAUCAUAGCCCGGUACUUUGUUCUCAACUCAAUCUCACUCAGGAUUUGAGAAGUUAUGCUGCAGAAUGAUUUGUUAAUGCACCAGAUUUCCAGUUGUUCACACUCAUGGUCACAGAUUACAAUGAGACGGCCUAUUUUGUACUUAAAGAAAUAAUGUCUUGGAUGAUUUUAAUUAUGUAUGUUAGAUAUAAUAACCAGGUAAUCUUUAGGGCAUAGAUUUUAGAAACUUGUUUGUAUUUAUGCUUAGUACUGAAGAUGUUUUUUUUUUCUUUUGCUAAAUGGAGACUUUUAAAGAAAAACUAUGUUUUUAUAUAUCCCUAUGGGAUUUCAAGUUCUGUUUGUAUUUAUUUUAUCCUUUUUCAACACUAGUAGACCUAUCUGUAAUAUUUACAUGUCUUCCACAAAGUGUUCAAUAAAAUGUUACUUUUUAAAA